GCCAUUUGCGGGCAAGCACACAGAUAUCAAGAUGCCCGCCUACCACUCCGUCUUCCUCGAUGAGCCCAACCAGCAAUUGAUUGGCAACUUUGCCCUCCUCCCUCUCCGCACACGCACCCGUGGCCCUGCCGUCCAAUUGCCCGCCCUGCCAGCAGACGUCACCGAGCUCACCAUCGAUGCCUCGCACGACUCGUACGACCCCCUAGACGAGGUCCUGGCCCUCUUCCGCGCCAACACAUUCUUCCGCAACUUUGAAAUCAAGGGCCCUGCGGACCGUGUGCUCAUCUAUGGCAUUCUCUACGUGAGCGAGGUACUGGGCAAGAUCAAGCCAAGCAUGAGCCGGCGAGAGGCUGAGAAGGCCGUCAUGAACUCGGCCCUCGACACCAACUUUGCUAUCCCUGGCGACGCAGGAUUUCCGCUCAACCAGGCUUUCGAACCGCCCCCAGACAGGAACUCUGCCGAAGUGCUGCGACAGUACAUUAUGCAGAUGCGCCAGGAGCUGGCAACACGGUUACUGAACAGGGUAUAUGCAGACGAGACCAACACUCCGAGCAAGUGGUGGCUAAGCUACACCAAGAGGAAGUUUAUGGGCAAGGCUUUGUAGACCUUCGAGGCACAGUUGCGCUAUGAGUUCUAGUGAAUCUACAAUCUCCAUGCUUUUGCAGUCAUAGGGUCAUGGAUUGAUUCUGACGUGGUCAAGCACUUGGGC